AUGGCAGAAGGUCGCAGAAUAAUCAGUCCCAUAAUGCCCACUACCUCCCUUGCCCACAUAGCACCAGGUCCUCCCGACCCCUUGGGCGGCAAAAAAAGCAACCGUAUCACCCGAGUAUCAACCAGCGAUGGUUCCUCCAUUACGGAGAUGCUUGACGGUAAAGGGAAAAGAUUUAAAAUUGACGUCGAGAAUCCCAGCUACUAUGCUGCUACCCCCAAAGCACCUCCCCGUCCACCCAUCGCUCGUCCUGAUCCUGAUAAAUUGGAAAGUAAAAAAAGGACGGAGAUGGAACGAAGACAAUUUGCUCCGCUGACCGCUGAUUGGUUUGUGAGGAUCGUCGAACAGGUGUAUAGAGUGGAUGAAGAGAGAUGGGGUAAGUGGGCGGUCGAUUUGGACAAGAUGAAGUUGUUGCGGAGUGAUUUUAGGUUUCUGAUGAAGAUUCUUGAUACCGACCCUACUAAUGAUAAUGAUGAUGAUCAAGAAUUGGCUCAUGUGCCGAUGACUAUUGUUGACCUGUACAUUUAUCUGGUCUGUGAAUACAGAAACAGAGCAAUUGCCAGGACGCUCGAAGGGGGCGACCUAGCCGGUAACAAUCCAACCAAACAGAAGAUCAGCUGCAUCUUGAUCGACUCUCAAAUAUUGUACUGGGAUCCAAAGAGGGGUAGGUAUGUGGAUCGUGUAGAUGAUGAAGGAAAUGUCACAAGGAUGUUUCUGCACCAAAACCUUCCCUUGGCUUGGGCAAAGGCCGAGGAGGCAUUAGCGCGAUAUGAUGAUGAAACUCUGCACAAUCUCGACUAUCUGUUGAUUCCAUAUGAAUAUAAGGGCGCGCAUACAGUUCUGAUAGGGAUAGCGCCAAAACAAAAAUUCUGCUUUCAUAUCGACAACUCCGGAACCAUGGUUCCCAGAUAUCUGGAACGCGAUUGGAAGGUGGAAGUUGCCCACCACCACACAUUCCAUAUGAAUUUACUUGAAGCUAUUGUAUACUCAAGGUUUCAUAAGGGAGUAUUCGAUACUGUCGAGCUUCCAUUGUACGGACAAUGGGAAUACCGGACGGACCAUAGAGCUGAAGCUAGUCGAACAACAGAUAACAGUCCUAACGUGUCGCGACAGCAAGAUGCACAUAAUUGCGGAAAGAGGCCAAGGGUCGCGGCGGAAUUUCUCAAUGGUGGAUUCAACAAACCAUUUGAUUACCCAAUGUUUAAGAUCCCGACGAAAUUGCAAGAAAUCGCCAUAGAUCCAUCUUAUAAGCAUAACCUGAGACCAGAUCCUCCUCCAUUCGUUAGUGGAGGGAUAGAAGACCCGGACGAAAAGGAAACGGAAGAGAUGGGGGACGAAGAUGACGACGAAGACGAGGUUGGAGGAGAGGGUGGAGGAGAGGGUGAGGGAGAAGAUGGGGCGGAAUCCAGCCAAGCAGGAGCACGAACCAAAGUCAAAAAGACCAAUACGGAUAAAAAGGUCAAAUGGUCUGGCCAAAAUGCUUUAGACCCAGACCCAUUUGAUCCAAAUCCACCGGAACCUGGAUCUACAGCUGACGAGAGACCAAAAACCCACGGUUCUCGCAUCCGAGAUGUAAUAGUAGAACUGAGUGCAAGAUGGCAGCCAUAG